AUGAGCGCCGCCGCCUGCCUGUUCGCCGCCGCCGUCUCCCUAUCCCACCCAUCGACCUCCGCACCCGCCUCCGCGGGACGACACUGCCUUCGGAGCCGCACCACCCUCCUCCCCUGCUCCCCGACUCGCCGCCGUGGGCCGGUCCGGGCACUCGACGAGCGGCUGCUCGAGGCCGCGCCGGCGGAGACCGAAGAGGUUGAAACCGGUGUUGAUCUAGGGGGUGGAGGCGGGGUCGCUGAGGGUGAUGAAGUUGGAGCAGAGGAGGUGGAUGAGGAGCUGGAGCUGGAGCAGCGGCCGCCGCCGAGGGCUUUCGUGAAGAGCAGGCGGCAGCGGCAGGAAGAGGAGGAGGCCGCGGCGGGGCAAGACAGGUUCAAGCUCAUCAACGGCAAAGAGAUAUUUCAAGAGAAGGCUUAUCUGGUUGGUGUUGAGUGCAAACGGACAGGAGGGAACCUCUUCGGCAUAGAGGUGUCUCUUAAGGAGCUGGAGCAGUUGGCUGAUACCGCGGGCCUUGUGGUGGUCGGCUCAACCUAUCAGAAGCUUUCUGCCCCAAAUCCAAGGACUUACAUUGGUUCAGGCAAGGUUUCUGAAAUCAGGAGUGCAAUUCAAGCCCUUGAUGUUGAGACUGUAAUUUUCGAUGAUGAGUUAUCCCCUGGACAACUACGUAACUUGGAAAAGUCAUUUGGUGGGAGUGUCCAAGUCUGUGACCGAAUUGCUCUUAUUCUUGAUAUUUUUAAUCAAAGGGCAGCAACACAUGAAGCUGCUUUACAGGUCACCUUGGCACAGAUGGAAUAUCAACUUCCUAGGUUGACAAAAAUGUGGAGUCACCUUGAACGGCAGGCUGGAGGUCAAGUUAAGGGUAUGGGUGAGAAGCAAAUUGAAGUUGACAAGCGCAUCUUAAGAACUCAAAUAAGUGCCUUGAGGAAAGAAUUGGAAUCUGUUCGGAAACACCGAAAGCUGUACCGCAACCGUCGCCAAUCAGUUCCUAUUCCUGUUGUUUCUCUGGUAGGGUAUACAAAUGCUGGAAAAAGUACACUCCUGAACCGUUUAACUGGGGCUGAUGUUCUUGCAGAGGAUAAGUUAUUUGCCACGUUAGACCCAACUACAAGAAGGGUCUUGAUGAAGAAUGGGGCUGAGUUCCUUCUAACUGAUACUGUCGGAUUCAUUCAGAAGUUACCCACUAUGCUGGUAGCAGCAUUCAGAGCAACACUAGAAGAGAUAUCAGAAUCAUCAGUUAUAGUUCAUCUUGUGGACAUUAGCCAUCCAUUAGCUCAACAACAGAUAGAUGCUGUUGAAAGAAUUGACAAUACGGAUGAACCAUUGAGAGUAAAAGAGGAAGCUCAGAAACAAGGAAUAAUCUGCAUAUCAGCCAUGAAUGGUGAUGGUUUGGAAGAAUUCUGUAAUGCAGUUCAAGCAAAGUUGAAAGACUCAAUGGUUCCGAUAGAAGCUAUUGUUCCAUAUGACAAAGGAGAUCUCCUAAGUGACAUACAUAAGGUUGGAAUGGUUGAAAAAAUGGAGUACAAGGAAAAUGGGACAUUUGUAAAAGCUCAUGUGCCUCUACCUCUUGCAAGACUUCUCACACCUCUACGGCAGCAGGUGGUGGCUCGAGUGUGA